ACGUUGUGCCCGAACACUAUUCCGUCUUAGUCACCACUAGUGCCUGCACUACUCUCCUUUUUUUUUUUAAUUUUUUUCCCUUUUAGACUUAUCGGCCACCCGCGUCAAUCCAGUCAACCCACUCUCUCUUUCCACCACCAUCUUUCAUUCAUCCAUCCAACUUAUUAGUCCACCCACCCGUCGCAUCACUCGGAAUUUGUCCAGAUUGAAGCGCUGGCUGUCAGGAUAUCCGUCUACUUGUUUUGAACCUCCCAACUCGUCUGGUUCUCUACCAAACGUCCUCCGGCGCAAAUCGCAGCGCGCGGUCUGGCGCACAAACCGCCUGUCAACCACCACUCCCAGCAGGCCGAACUCUCGUUUAUCGACCUUUCACUCUUUCGCAAAUACAUUUCCCCUAAUACAACUCUCUGCGCAACCAUGCUACUCCCAUCGGCUUUACAAUGCGACAUGCGCCGGCCUGUGAGCCGUUCGCGCUUCACUCCGAGCCGUCUGUUGACCACGCCGCCCCCGUCAGACGAUGACUCCCCCCCAGGCAACGGUCUCCUGGGCACCUGUCGCGCACUUCAGUCCCUUCUGCGAUCGCCCUCGCCCUCUCCGCGACGAACAAAACCUCAACGUCUGCAAAGUCCACUCCAAAUCCGAUCUACGCCCUCCGCCCGGUCGCGGAAGCCCAAGACCCAUCCUUCAUCCCAACAACAGCCACGAUCCACCGUCGCCACCACCACCAUCACCCUCCGACCCAGAAAACCCUCCCACACUCCUCAAUCUCCCCCUCCGCGCGGCACCAACAAACGCCGCCGCGAUUCUUGCGAAGAAGACGACAACGAUGAAGAAGUGUCUCAAGACUCCGACGUCAUGCGCCAUCGUCGCAUCCGCUUCUCCACCCCCAAACGCCCCAGACACGUCCCCUACGACCUCCCACUAGGCCUCUCCCAAUCCGACUUUUACACCCUCCACUCUCCCCCAAUCACCCAGUCCCCUCCAUCGCCCGCCAUCAGUCGUCAAAUUCAGCGAAAUCAUAAUGCUGCCGCUGACGACGACGGCACCGCGCCGUACAACCCCGACGCCGCACUGCCCUCGAUCGAGGAAGCAGAUGAGACGCCGCCGUCGUCGUCCGCGCCUACAGGCCCAGACCCCGUCCCGGACUGGUCCGCAGAUGACGAUCAGCGCCUCGUGCAGGUCGUGCUGGAGAAGUUUCAGCUGUCGCGGGGCGAUUGGGACGAGUGUGCUGCGCGCAUGGGUCUGGACCAGGCUAGUGUGGGGCGAAGGUGGCAGGCGCUUGUGGGCGAUGGGAACGUGGGAUUACGUCGUGGGAGACGCAUGACGAGGGGGAGGAUUGAUGAGAUGUGGAUGUAAUAUU